AUGCAAAUUCUUGAGAGCUGUGACUUUGGAGCUGAUAUCGGAUUGCGUGUCCUAAUUGAAAAAUCUCUUGUGUUCAUCUCUGAAAAAGAUACAAUUGAAAUGCAUGACUUAUUACAAGAUAUGGGUAAAUAUGUAGUGAACCCACAAAAGGAUCCAAGAGAGCGUAGCAGGUUAUGGCUUGCUGAAGAUUUUGAAGAAGUGAUGAUCAACAAUACGCAUUUGAGGUAUCUACGAAAGCUACGUCUCAGCGUCUCUACAAGCCUGAUAUGCACACCAGAUUUCACGGGGAUGCCAAAUUUGGAGUAUUUGGAUCUGGAGAAAUGUAGUAAUCUUGAAGAGGUUCACCAUUCCCUGGGAUGUUCCAGAAAACUCAUUCGGUUGAAUUUGAAUUACUGUAGACGCCUGAAGAGGUUUCCAUGUGUCAACGUGGAAUCUCUCAAAUAUCUGUAUCUACAUGGUUGCUAUAGUUUAGAGAAAUUUCCGGAAAUCGUAGGAAGAAUGAAGCUGGAGUUAGAGAUUGACAUGGGAUACUCUGGGAUAAGGGAACUACCAUCAUAUAUCCAGUUACAAACUCAUAUUACUAAACUGGAUUUGAGCUGUUUAGAAAACCUUGUAGCUCUUCCAAGCAGCAUAGGUAUGUUGAAAAGCUUGGUGAAGCUAGAUGUGUCGGAUUGCUCAAAACUUGAAAUGUUGCCAGAAGAGAUAGGGGAUUUACAAAACUUGGAGAAGCUUGAUGCCAGACGUACUCUAAUUUCACGACCUCCGUCUUCCAUUGUAUGCUUGGACAAACUUAAAUUUCUGAGUUUUGGACAGUUAGAAUCAGAAGAAGGCCAAGUUGCAGGUUACUUUGUUUUCCCUCAGGUGAACAAAGGGUUACGCUCAUUGGAUGAUCUGGAUCUCAGUUUUUGCAAUGUAAUAGAUGGAGGACUUCCAGAAGACAUUGGAUGCUUAUCUUCUUUGAAAGUGUUGUAUCUCAGGGGAAAUAAUUUUGAGCAUUUGCCUCCAAGUAUAGCCCAACUUGGUGCUCUUCGAUCCUUGGACUUAACAAAUUGCAAGAGGCUAAAAGAGUUGCCAGAUUUCGUAGGGAUGCCAAAUUUGGAGACUUUGAAUCUGUCAAAUUGUAUAAAUCUUGAAGAGGUUCAUCAUUCCCUAGGAUUUUUCAGAAAGCUUUGUACAUUAGAAUUGACUAAUUGUAAACGCCUUAAGAGGUUUCCAGCUCUGUGCAUCGAUUCCCUUAAAUAUCUGUAUCUACAUGAGUGCUCCAAUUUAGAAAAUUUUCCAGAAAUCUUGGGAAGCAUGAAAUUUGAGUCAGAUAUUCACAUGCUCGACAGUGUGACAAGGGAUCUAGAAUUGAGAGAUUUAGAGAACCUUGUAAUACUUCCCAGCAGCAUUUGUAAGUUGAAAAGUUUGGUUAAUCUAGAUGUAUCAGGUUGCUCAAAGCUUGUAAGCUUUCCAGAAGCUAUAGGGGAUUUACAAAACUUGGAGCGGCUUGAUGCCAGAGAUACUCUAAUCUCACAACCUCCAUCUUCUAUUUUUCGGUUGAACAAGCUUAGAUUCUUGAGCUUCGCAAAACAAAAAUCAGAAGUAGGCCUUGAAGAUGAAGUGAACUUUGUGUUCCCUCCGGUGGCUGAAGGAUUACACUCAUUGGAAAUUUUGAAUCUCAGUUACUGUAAUCUAAUGGAUGGAGGACUUCCAGAAGACAUUGGAUGCUUAUCCUCUUUGGAAGUAUUGUAUCUCAGGGGAAAUAAUUUUGAGCAUUUGCCUAGAAGCAUAACCCAACUUGGUGCGCUUCGAUCUUUGUACUUAACAGAGUGCAGGAGUCUUACACAGUUGCCAGAACUUCCACCGGAUUUAGACGAAUUGCAUGCAGAUUGUCAUAUGGUUCUGAAAAGUAUUCAUAAUUUAGCAACCAGGAAGAAGAAAUUACAGUGGCUGAUAUUCACACCGCUGUACGAUAAGGAUGACGCGUACAAUGAUUCGAUCUAUAAUUUGUUUGCACAUAGCCUGUUUCAGAAUAUCGUUUCCUUGCAGCAUGACAUCUCUGCUUCAGAUUCCUUGUCACAGAGAGUUUUUACCAUUGAGCAUCCUGGGAAGAAGAUCCCGAGUUGGUUCGACUAUCACGGAAUUGAUACAAGUGUAUCAGUCAAUUUGCCUGAAAAUUGGUAUGUACAUGAUAACUUCUUGGGAUUUGCUGUAUGUUACUCUGGCAGCCUAAUUGAGAUCACAGCUCAAUUGAUUCCCUUAUGUAAUGAUGAGAUGUCGUGGAUGACCCAGAAACUUGCCUUAUGCAACCAUUCAAAAUAUGAUACAGAAUCAACUAUUCAUUUUUUCCUUUUAACUCUUGCUGGCUUAUGGGAUACAUCUAAGGCAAAUGGAAAAACACCAAAUGACUAUGGACUUAUUAGGCUACUUUUUUGUGGAGAAAUGAAGGAGUUUGGACUUCAUUUGUUGUAUAAAGAUGAAACUGAGCUUCAGGCCUUGUUACAAAUGAGGGAAAAUAAUGAUGAACCAACAGAACAUUGCAUUGGGAUAAGGACGGGCAGAUAUGACAAUAGUGAACACUAUGAUUCCAUGACCAAUGAAGCCAGUUGCUCCUCUUAUAAGAAACAAAGGUCACAUUCUACUCUCCGGGGGAGAGUGGCCAGUGUCUUCAGAAACUUCACAGCUCUUUCUUGUAAACCCAGGGUAGAGCAUCAAUCCAAGAUCAAGAAUAAAGGGCAGCCCGGUGCACUACGCUCCCGCUGCGUGAGGUCCGGGGAGGAGCCGGGCCACAAGGGUCUAUUGUAUGCAACCUUAUCUUGCAGAAAUCUUGCAUUUCUGCAAGAGGUCAGUGCAUCUGCUGAGGAGUUUAUGCAGCAGUUGCCCAGUUUGAUCAACAGUUGGCUAAGCAGAGGCGAGAGCCUGCAGAUGUUGAGAAAGUGA